GGGGAAGGGCCCGGGAUGCUCUCGGCCACGGAACGCUGUUAACCUUGGAGCGCAGCCCGGCCACGCCACGGGACGGAGGGUGCGGGCGUCGAUUGCUCAGGUCAUGGCAGUUCGUCCAGAUCUUCGCCAGCACUAUGUGCGGGCCUGUCAAAACGUGGGCCAGCCUGAAAACCCCUUCAUUGCUCACGUACUUCAAGAAGCCGAUGAAAAUGAUAAAAGCAGAGGGACAAAAGGGAUCACAUUAAAAAUAGCUGGAAAUAAUCGUCUAGUGCCUGUGCAGAGAGUUACAGAUGAUGAUCUUCAAGUUCUUGCCUCUGUCUUACGCAGUACUGUGUUCGUCACAGGUUUGGAUCUUAGGUAUAAUGUAUUGACUGAUGCUGGAGCAAAGAACAUGGCAACGUUCCUCCAGGAAAACUGCACUCUGCGGUACCUUAACCUGAUGUUUAAUGACAUUGGCACAAGCGGAGCAGAGCUGAUAGCAAGAGCACUCCAUAGGAAUGAAACUCUUGUGUAUUUGAGAAUGACUGGAAACAAAAUAGGAAACAAAGGUGGGAUGUUCUUUGCUUCAAUGCUACAAAUUAAUUCAACCUUAGAGAAGCUGGAUCUUGGAGACACUGAUAUGGGUACGCAGUGUCUAAUAGCAAUAGCAACAGCCCUGACUGAGAACAAAUCAGUCAAAGCAAUAAACCUAAAUCGUCCUUUACUAUACAGCCAAGAGGAAGAGCCCACAGUUCAUGUAGCUCUGAUGUUGAAAAAUAACUCUUCUCUUGUGGAACUACACUUGGGCAAGCAUGAAAUGAAAAACUUUGGUGUAGAGCGACUGUGUGAGGCAUUGUAUGAAAACUCCAGCCUGAGAUACCUUGAUCUUAGCUGUAAUAAAAUAACCUGUGAUGGUGUAAAAUUUCUGGGAGAACUACUAAAACAGAACCAAACCCUGGAAAUCCUAGAUCUCAAUGCAAACCGAAUAGAAGAUGAUGGAGCGUUCUACCUGAGUGAAGCCUUGACCUUGUACAACAGGACUCUUCAGGCGUUGUCAGUAGUAAGCAACAAUAUAAGUGGCAAAGGACUUGUAGCUCUUUCAGAUGCAAUGAAAACAAACAUGGAACUUUCCUAUAUUUAUAUCUGGGGGAACAAAUUUGAUGAAGUCACCUGUAUGGCAUUUUCAGAAUUAAUUCAGAUGGGCCGCCUGAAACCUAAUUGUACAGACGUGGAACCAUAUGAAGUGGAUGGGCACGUUCACCUUGCAGAGCUCUCCCAUGGCCUUCAGAAGCAUUACUACUGGACACCAAGCUGUGGGGAGGUGACAAACAAAGAUGCUAAUGCCAGGCUGGCUAUUGCUGCGGUUUCAGAAUACUUGGCUGCUGCAGAGGAAAAGCUGCCGUUGCCCUUCCUGGGCUGUUGUGGUCUCUGCACUCAGGUUUCCACAUAGCAGGGAGAGCCCACAGGUAUUUGUAUUGCAUCUGCGCAGGCUGGAGUACAGCCAGCCAGAUCAAACUGACAAAAACCUACACCCAGGACUGCCGCUGGGCAGCAGCUUUGCUUGAGAGCAAAUCAGAUAUGCUGUAGAACAAGAUUCCUGCUGAAGCUGAGAGGUUUGGGUAAAUCCAUUUGUUGCUGCUGUGCUCUACAUACUCUCUCCUUUUACUUAGUAACUGCAUGCUCUUGACCUUUUUCCAAGAGUGACCUUUUUUUGAACCAAGUUAAGUGACCUUAAGCAUUAAGCCACUAUAAUGCUGGAACUUUAAAGCUAGUGAACCUAGUUUACUGGGAUAUAAACGGUAUUUUGAUUAACUUGCCGCAGGUAUAUAUUUCGUGUAGUACAACUGAAAACCACCACCAAACUUGGUGUCAUUAUUU